AUGUUACAGAACAGCCGAUACAGCGACCAAAAGCAGCCGAUACAGCGACCAAAAGACAGUAAAAAAAGUUACUCUGGCAAAAAGAAAACAACGACCAUAAAAACCGAAAUUAUAAUCGAAGAAAGUGGGCAAAUCUUGUCGGUUUCAAAGUCGCAUCGAGGUCGAAUGCACGAUUUUCGCAUAAGAAAACAGGAGAAAAUGCUGCCAAGAGAUAGUAUAAAACACGCUGAUUCCGGCUAUCAAGGAUGGCAAAAAGUUCAAAGUAAUGUAGUAAUUCCAUAUAAAAGGUACCGGAAAAAACCACUAACGGAAGAGCAAAAGGAGCAUAGUAGAAAGCUGGCGUCGUUCAGGAUGCAAGUGGAAAAUAAAAUUCGAGAGAUCAAAAUUUUCAAAAUUAUAUCAAAUGUUUACCGCAAUUUUCAGAAGAAAUACAACAUGAGAUUCAAUAUUAUUGCUGGUAUUGUGAACCUAAGGCACGGUUUUUAA